UGCGUCUCUUUUCACAGUCGUUUAAUUGGUUUCAUGACCAAACUGAGCGGAAAAACUCUGUCCAGCCUGAUCUCAUUGGUCCCCGCAGCAUGCCGCUUGGUGGAGUCGCUGCUGUCGUCGUCCGGAGGCGGGUUUCUGGCUGCUGCGGGUUGCGUCAUUUCCGGACAGAGGACGGAGAGACGCGUCGGAGCCGCAGCUUCUCAGUCGCUGUAGUAACGUCCGUGCGUGGAUCGGAGGACCCGGCGCUGUUUGGAGUUCCGCGGGGGAUUCUUGGUGUUUUUCUGCCCCGGUUUGCCCUGUGGAGGUGAAACCCGAAACGCAGCGGAGGACUGAAGUCCGGACGCGGAGCGCAGACGCGCGUUUCAACUUUUUCCUGCUGCGUCGCGGACUUGGUUCACCUUUCCUGGCUGCUCUGUUGUUUGACAGUGGAUGCAGUUCCAGGUGAAGGGGGGUUGUUUUCUGUCCCGGAGGGGGCUGACACCAGAGAAGCGGCGGCGCGGCAGCCACCUGACCUCCUGGAAAAUAAGACGCAGCUGAUGACACUCCGGCUCAGAGCCUUACGUGGCGCACUAAGCUCUCUGUGGAAACGAGCCGAUCACUUAUAUAACUUCAGGUAACUCCCAACUCCUCUGCGCCCUCAGUGGAAUUCAGUCAUUUGGACUUCUUUCCCCGUGAGUGUCGGCAACAUGCGCGUAAAAGGCGCGCAGGUGGUCACGGCGCCCAUGCGCGCUUCCUAACCCCCCAGCAGUGUGGCGCCGCGUCCGAGUCCCCCCGCCAGGAUGAGCAGCACCGACCUGGAGCGCAUGUCGCUCAGCUCCUCCGCGAACUCGGUGGCCUCCAGCGCGCGCACGCUGUCGGCCAACGUCCGGAAGCUUCACAACGCGCUCAACCUCCUGCUGAACGACUUCGAGAGGGAGCAGUUCAUCCACUGCCUGAACGUCUACCACUCCAAGAGGAACGUGUACGACCUGGUGCAGACGCUCAACGUCAUCCUCAACGCGCCCAGCAAGCGGCAACUUCUGCCCAUGCUGCGGCUGGUCAUCCCGCGCUCCGACCAGCUGCUCUUCGAGCAGUACACGUCGGAGGGCCUGUACCUCAAGUCGGAUUUAGUUGCGAGCAAUGGCACCCCAGAACCGCCCCCGGGGGACUUCCCCGCCACACCGGGGCAUCUGUCCCCCGUCCAGCCGGCCGACGGUCAGGUGGCGCUGCGCGGCUCCCCGGACAGCUUCAGCACCAGCAGCGACGGGACAGCUCCGCUGGUGCCGCUCCUCGGGAGGAACUUCAUCCACGAGCCGCCGGGCGAGCUGCGCCAGGUCACCAUGAAGCGCCACAAGAGCCAGGAGGGGCUGGGCUUCAGCAUCCGCGGCGGCUCGGAGCACGGCGUGGGCAUCUACGUGUCCCUGGUGGAGCCGGGGAGCCUGGCGGAGAAGCAGGGGCUGCGCAUCGGAGACCAGAUCAUGAAAGUCAACGACAAAGUCUUCGACAAAGUGACGCACGCGGAGGCGGUGAAGGUGCUGAAAGGCAGUAAAAAGCUUUCGCUCUCUGUGCGUUCAGUGGGGAGGAUUCCUGGCGGAUAUGUCACCAACCACGUUUACACCUGGGUCGACCCUCAAGGUCGCAGCGUGUCCCCUCCUCCUGACCUGCCUGAGCAUCGGAGCGCCACCCUGAGGAGGACUGACAGCCAGCGGCGCAGCAACAUGCAGCUCCUGCAGGAGGGAGACGAGAAGAAGGUCAAUUUGGUUCUGGAUGACGGCCGGUCUCUGGGGCUCAUGAUUAGGGGCGGAGCUGAAUAUGCGCUGGGGAUUUACAUCACCGGCGUGGACAAAGGGUCAGCAGCAGAGUGCGGCGGACUCAAGGUUGGAGACCAGAUCUUGGAGGUGAACGGCCACAGCUUUCUGAGCAUCCCGCACGAGGACGCCGUCAAGGUCCUCAAAUCCUCACGGCACCUGAUGAUGACGGUGAAGGACGUGGGGCGCCUGCCGCACGCCAGGACGGUGGUGGGGGAGACCAAGUGGAUCGCCAGUUCGCAGAUCGCAGAGAGUUCUGCCAACAGCAGCAUGGCCAGCUUCUCGGUGGAGCAAGGAGCCUCUGCAGCCGGGAAGCCGGGGUUUUAUAAGGGUGUGGCCGGCUCCCAGGUGACGCUGUCCAGCCUGGUGAACCAGUCGCGGGCCAUGCUGGAGGAGCAGGCACGCCACCUGUUGACAGAGGCUGAGCGUCAGACCAUGAACUACUACGUAGAGGAGUAUCGGGACGGGCACAUCGGAGUGGAGCAGCUCGUCAUGGCGCUGUUCGAGCUCCUGAACACACAUGCAAAGUUCUCUCUGCUGUCGGAGGUGCGAGGGCUGGUCACCCCGCAGGACGUGGAGCGCUUCGACGGGCUGGUGCUGCGGCGGGAAAUCCAGGCGUUGAAGGCGCGUCAGGGAGCAGCCGGAGCCUCGGCCGUGCAGCCGGACUCGCUGUCCAUGGUGUCGUAUCCAGACACGCUGACCUCCUCCUCGGCCAGCUUCAUGACCAACACCACCCUCAGUUCUGCACGGAACGACAGCGUGGCCGAGAGCAACGAGGAGGAGCCAGCGGAGAGCCUGAACAUGCUGCUCACCGACAUCUCUCUGCACUUCCUGCUCCUCCCCCUCCACCCUCCCUGCAUCUUAAACCAGCUUCUAUGUCCAAAUCCCCCCAGUCCUUGUCUGCUGCGUCCAAACCGCAGUUUGUUACGGUGGAGGUCCACAGACCCAACGCCGAACCUGACGUCAACGAGGUGCGGCCCCUCCCCCAAACUCGAGGUGGCGCCUUGUCUCAGCUGUCAGACAGCGGACAGACCCUCAGCGAGGACAGCGGCGUGGACAUCGCCGAGUCGGGACACGGCAAAGACCUAAGCCCCCAUUCCUCACGCACAUGCCUCCCCCGAGACACAAAGGCGGGUGGAGGGGACAACCCCUCCAAACCGCCGGGGCUGUUGGAGCCCACCUCCACUCUGGUGAGGGUGCCAAAGAGUGCCAGCACCCUGGGCAUCGCCAUCGAGGGUGGAGCCAACACCCGUCAGCCGCUGCCGCGAAUCGUCACCAUCCAGAGGGGCGGUUCCGCUCAUAACUGUGGCCAGCUGAAGGUGGGUCAGAUCAUCCUGGAGGUGAACGGCGUUUCGCUGAGAGGCCGUGAGCACAGGGACGCCGCGCGCCUCAUUGCUGAGGCUUUUAAGAGCAAAGAAAGAGACUACGUGGACUUCCUGGUGACCGACUUCAAUGUGGCUCUAUAGCUGUGAGCCGGAGUGAGGGACCCGACAAAGUAGCACCCAGAGGAGUGAGGUCAGCAGAGAUGACCAUCCAGACCUCUGCUGAGUUCAACGGCACAACUCUUAGAAUAAUCGAGCCCUUCCUCUCUCGCCCCGAAGCCUGAGCUUCACGCUACAAGGCGUUACUCCCAGCCCGGACCUCCUCCAGGACUGUUACCUCCCCACUGUGACCUCGUGUUCACUGCAGCGGAGGCAGUGAAUCUAUGAUCUGUCUGCUAGAAGCGAUGGGCUGUCUGCUGUUUCUGACCUGAAUUCACCCUUCUCCACUUCAUCUUCCUUUUAUUUUUGCUUUUGUCUGAGAACGGAGCGCCUGACUGAUGCUUGACUUUACAAGUUUGGAUUUGUACUGUAUGUAAAAAUGGAUAAAUGUAGAUACAGAUGGAUAUAUACUGUACACAUGAAAAUACCCCUAUAUGAAUAAAGAAAACUAUCUUUAAUCACUGCUGCAUCGUGAGUGGAAUCGUGCAUCAUCAGAUUUCCUGCAAAAAAAAAAAAAUCUUCUAU